AAUAAAACUGUGAUAAUUGGCUUACACACCUCUUUCGCGCAGUGUACUCGGAGGGGUUGACGUACAACUUCGCCAUUGAAUGUACUGGCGAUGACAGACUGCAGCUGGAGCGAAGCAACCGAGCCUUCGAGAGCCUGGACAAGUUGCUCUCCCACUACCAGCGCCGGGCUAUCAUUAAGGGCUGCUACCUGUCGUCCCCCGUCGUACAGGAAGAGUCGUCGGAUGACGAUCACGAUAUCGAAAUUUCCUCGAGGAACUUGAAGGUUCAGAAGUGCAUCGGGUCUGGCAAAUUUGGCACAGUGCUGCUGGGAGAGAUGACUCGCUACGGUCGAGUCGCCCUCAAGACUUACGUGGAGCCAACGUACAGCGGCCAUGAGCGGGAAAGCUUAUGGAGCGAAAUCAACGUCAUGAAGCGCCUGCGUCACCCAAAUGUCAUCCGCAUGCUCGGCAUCAGCAUCGACGGCAGCAACGUGACCAUGGUGCUCGAGUACGCCAAGUUCGGGGACGCUAGGACCUACCUAUUAGGCCUGUCUCAUGCUGAGUGGGUUGUCGAGACAAUUGUGGACAUCGCACGACAAGUGGCCGAAGGAAUGGCCUACUUGGAGUCUGUGCUCGUAGUACAUCGGGACUUGGCUGCUCGGAAUGUUUUAAUAACUGCUCAGUUUCAGGCAAAAAUUGCUGACUUUGGUUUGGCUGUGCGACUGAAAGCCGGCGAGGAGGAGAAAGAAAUUCAGAACUGGGGAAUGCGACCUCUUCGAUGGAUGGCUCCUGAGAGCAUCCUGCAGGGGCGCUUUAGCAGCAGGAGCGACGUUUGGUCCUUCGGCGUCUUGGUGUGGGAAAUGUUCUACCCUGAGAACACGCCUUACAUGGGCAUUACAGACAACGACCUCGCAUCAGAUUUGACGGACGGGACCAGACUGAAGCUGCCUUCUUCGUGUCCCGACGAGCUGUCCCAUCUGGCCCACUGCUGCUGGUCCAUUGACCCUGAUCGUCGGCCCUCCUUUGCUAGAAUCGUUCGCAUUUUUGCUCGGCGACUUGUCCAAAACCGUAAAUUCUAUAGGUAUUAAUUUGUUUCAAUUAAUUUAGUUGUAGUAUUAUACAGAAAGGGAAUUUUAGUUUGAUGAUUCAUUGAAAAAAAUUCUACAACUAAAUACGGUAUAUUACUUUUUAUACUCAGUAAAAAGUGUCGAUUGUCAAUACGAACUCAUGAAUAGAAUCAGUGGUUUGAUUUACAAAACGCCAAAUGGUAUGCGGAGAAAGCUGAAGUCAUUCCCUAGACGAUUGGAAAACAUAUUCUGUAAAAUGAAUCGUUACGACCGGUAAAAUUCAUUGUUUCGUAUAUCAUGUGUAAAUAAAUACUCGUAUAUCAUACGCAGUUAUUUAAGAGUCAGUCUUUUGAAGAAUAACACAAAAUGAUGAUUGUGAGACCCUUAGAACUCUUUCCAUAUGAUUAACACAUCAACGAAAUAAUAUUGGCAUUGGAGCUAAAUCAAAAAAUUUCUGUAAAAUAAUUGAUUGAAGUGUAAUUACACAUGAUUUGAU